CGGGGUCACCUGACCCUAAAGUGGGCUAGUCAUGGCGUCUUCCUUGUUAGCUGGCGAGCGACUUGUACGCGCUUUGGGCCCCGGCGGGGAGCUGGAGCCAGAGCAGCUGCCCGGGAAGCUGCGGGCAGAGCUUGAGGCCGUGCUAGGGAAGAAGCACAAGGGCGGCGAUCGCUCGGCUGGCCCCGCUCGCCUGGUUUCUUUCCGCCUGAUCCGGGACCUGCAUCAGUACCUGAGAGAAAGGGGUUCCACACUAUACCUUCAUGAGCUCCUAGAAGGCAGUGAAAUCUAUCUCCCAGAGGUUGUGAAGCCUCCUCGGAACCCAGAGCUAGUUGCCCGUCUGGAGAAGAUUAAGAUACAGCUGGCCAAUGAGGAAUAUAAGCGGAUCACCCGCAAUGUCACCUGUCAGGAUUCAAGGCAUGGUGGAACCCUCAGUGACCUGGGAAAGCAAGUGAGGUCAGUGAAGGCUCUGGUCAUCACCAUCUUUAACUUCAUUGUCACGGUGGCAGCUGCCUUCGUCUGCACUUACCUUGGAAGCCAGUAUAUCUUCACAGAAAUGACCUCGCAGGUACUGGCAGCAUUGAUCGUGGCCUCUGUGGUGGGUCUGGCUGAGCUGUACAUCAUGGUGCGGGUGAUGGAAGGUGAGCUGGGAGAGCUGUAACCGUGCUUCAUCAUCAAAGUCUGGAGACUCCAGGCUCCCAGCUGCCAAUCACUGAUUCUCAGUCAACCCAUCAGGCUCUUUGUACUCAGCUCCGGUUAGUCAGAGGGCCGAGCCAAGACCACCUGCUGUUCCUGCGGGGAGCCCCAUCCUCUGUCAAUUUACAAAGUGGGCAGUAGAGGAGACUCAGACAACGACUGGAAAGAACUGGUCUAGCUGUACAUUCUCCUGAACCCGGUGCCCAUCUGCCUUCUACAGUCCAUUCUGGGCAUUGCUGGGGCUGGGUUUUUUUUUUCCAUUGCAAGUAAAGACCUGUAAUUUAGAUCAGGAGACUCCAAGAAAGCAGAAGGGAUUCCCUUUCUUCAGUUUGUGCUGGAAGAGGAACCAAUUAGAGGACAUCAAAUAAGAGAAAGCUGGGUGGUACAGGAUGGUGGAAUCAGAAGCAAGGCAGCUACCUUUUUGGAAUCUUAGUUUCUGUCUUCAUCUUCUUCCUUCUGCUUGCCUUGCUCAGAUUUUCUAUAUGCUUCUGCCUGUCUCCACCACUCACCAGCCCUCCUUAAACCUCCCGCCUUCCUAUCACCCUUUGCUCUGCUUCCAAAAAUGAAAACAGUUCAGAUGGCAAAACAGUAUGUUUGCUUUUAAUUGCAAAACCCCUUGUGCUUGUUUGUAUUUGUGGGGAGAGUAUGCCUACUGUGAAUUGUCUCAACUAAUAAAGGGAGACAUUCUUGGUAGACGGGACUAUUUUCAGAUUUAACUCUAUGUAUAAUUAUGUAAAUAUGAGUAUACACUUUAUAAGAUACAUGAUAUGUGUACAUAUUGUUAUACAUAAGCCUAAUGUAGGUUAUUUUAUGUGGAUUCUUAAACAUGUUUGGGUAAGUGCAAAACAAUAGUAUGUAAAAGUUCACAGUUGACUAAUUGUUUUACAUGAUUGCUUUUUGUCUUCACUACAAUCCUGGAGGUUGGAAAAGGAAGUGGUUUUAGGCCCCUUUUCCAGAAGGCAAAACUGAGGCUGAGAGAGGUCAAAUGAUCAGCUUUGGUCCUUCCUCUUGUUAAAUGGAGCCAAAGACUCCAAGGUUGUCCUGAAGUCUCUAUGUAAUGUUAAACUUCUAAGAACUUAGAUUAGUGGUGUAUUGAUAGAAUCUGUAUAAGACAUUUAGAAAUUAUAGCAGCAUUAUUAUUUAUCCAAUAAAUAUUU